AUGCAGCAACUCUUUCUGGAUGGACCUUGGUCUGUAAAUGGGAUCAUUUUACAGAUGUGUCCUUGGAAAACAUUUUUUGAACCAAGCUUCGUUAAGCUAAACUCCGCAGCAAUAUGGGUGCAGUUUCAUAACUUGCCGGUAGAAUGUUGGGACGGUGAUGUUCUAGAGACCAUUGCUAGCAACUUUGGUAAUCUUAUCAAGGUUGACGAGUUUACAUCCACACUGGCAAGAUCCAAAUACGCUAGAGUUUGCAUCGAGAUAGACUUAUCUAAACCUCUUUGUCGCGGAUUUUGGAUCGGAGAUGAUUUUCAGAAGGUGUUCGUCGUGGUGAUGUAUGAGAGAUUGCCGAUAUUCUGCUACAACUGUGGACUUAUUGGUCAUGGUAGUAAAUCAUGCACUCGAGCUGCUUCGUCCGGGGCCGGUGGGUUCUCUUUGCCCGCUCGUGAUGAACGAGUGCCGGUGGAAAGAACUGCCCAGGUUUCGAACGACGUAGAUCAUAUCAUGGAUGUAUCUAAUCCCAUCUUCGUCCCUGGUUCUGAUGACAAUAUGGCCUCUGACUUCGGACCAUGGCUUUUGGUUUCCUGCCAGCACGGCCGUGCUCGGGGUCGUGGGCGGUCGUCCACUUUCCACGCCUCUCAUGAUUCACCACACUCUGACGUCGUUGAAACAUUAAACGUUCAAAAUCCUGUUGCAAAUCUAGCCAUUAACCACAACUUCAUGAUCAAUGAAACACUAGGAGAUAACCCUCUAGAUCCACCGCUUUAUCCUUCGCUUAAUCCCCAGACCACUACUCUGUCAGACCCUUCAAGUCAAAACGCUGUUAUCCCUCCUUGA